UGUUUUGCAAUAUAUAUGCAAGUUUUGUAGUUAGAUUCGCUUAUAGUAUAUCCAUCUAAUAUUAAUUUUACUAAAAUAAACGUUUUUGUAUAUGUUAAUUAUUUUUAAUAAAAAUAAUAUUGAAAUUUAAAUUGUAUUAAGUGUGCCCAUACCACAAGACAAUCUGCUCCUCAUCUUGGUAUUUCAUGCACUGGUUCGUUUCGCGAACGUGCGCUUCGUGAUACAUACUUUUGUCAGCCCUGUGAGAAAAUUUGUCGAAAAUUGAGAGAGCAAAACAAAAUCCACGCAGCCCAGUUCUUACGUCUUCAAUAAUUGGUAUACCUCAUGUUAUUGUAUGCUUGUGUACGUGUUUGUAUGUUUUUUGAUAUCACCGAUAAAACAACAAAAAAAUGGACUCGGACAUUGAAGAAGACUAUGACAGUGUGAAGCGAAAUCUGCUGGAAAUUGCGAAUAAUAGGCCGGGCACCAAUGUGGCCAGAGCGAUUUCCACGUACAAUGAAACUCCGGGUGUAUCCUCACUGAUCAUGGUGUUGGAAGAAAUAUCAAAAAAUACGGAUUUCUCCACCGAUUUGCGUCUCUCCGUCAGCUACUAUAUGGAUGAGUUUUUGCGACAAAUCGAUUGUCCAACGGUGCCGAGAAGAUCCAUUAUUGCAGCCGCCGGCAACGUGUUGCAAUAUUGCGGUAAAAUCUAUGGAGAUCGUGUAGAAUUCGUGCACCAAAAAGUGGAGAAUCAGAUUGAGGCACUAAUUUAUGCAGAUCCCAAAAAGGUGGAGAAUGGCAACAAUAACGGCAAUGUUGGCGAGUCUAAGAAACCCGAUGAAACGCGUAAGCGCCGUACAAAGAAAUUGGCGCAGAAGGACUUCGAUCCAUUCAGUUUUCAAAUGGAACCGAAAAAGUUCAAAACCCUUUCCGAGGAGAAGCACUUUAGUCGCACCGGGUUUGAGACGAAUAAAAAUCGAAAUCGUACCAUUGAACACAUGUAUCAGGAUCAUACGCCGAGCAGGCUGUGGGAACAUGAACCUAUAAUAGACCCAGAUAAUCCCUAUGAAAGGGAUGAUAAAAAGAAUUAUAAGUUAUUUACCUACCAUCCAGAGCCUAGAUAUAAUACCCUUUUACCAGAUAUUCCAUUCGAACGCCUCAAUUUGAUUAAGGAAUAUGUGAAUAUGAAUCAGAUGGAUGUGUCGGAUACUUUACAUGAGAAUCUCUCAAACAAAGAAUACCUGGAUGAGUAUAUCGCAUUGGAAAAUCAAAUGCUUGCUUCGCGUUAUGGUGAAACAACUGGACGAAAAGCUACCAUGGAUGACGUAUUUAAUAAGGCUUCCAAGCGAUUGCACGAAAAUGCAGAGUUGUCGUUAGUUUUGGAAGACAUCGAAGAGCCGUCGCCUAAACGAAGACACACCGAGGAUGCUGAUGAGAAGCUGAAGGGUAAAAUGGAAGAUACAUUGCUAGUGGAUACGUUGAAUGCCUUAUCAUUGGUCGGACCACCUGAAACGACCACCAUUGAUGAAAGUCCAAUCGAAGAGCAGUCCGCCCUUAAUAAUACUCUGGAAAGUAACGAAUCCUGUGGAUUGCUCGUCUUGGAAGAGUCGUCGCAACUCCCGAAAGAUUUAUCCGAAUUAAAUCUGACUGAACCUGACAAGAAAGAACCUGAUAGCAUCGAUUUGCUGCAGAUUGAUUCGGGUAUUGGCAUGGAGGAUGUGAGCGAUUUUCCAACAGCAGAAUGUUGUGCAGCUCAAUCUUUUGAUGACGAGGGUGUUGUUCUUACAGAUAACAUUGAUGAGCAGCGUCUGCAAUCGCUAUCGCCCAAGGUUAUGGUACAUGACAUCUUGCCGGGUGUGCCCGAUAAAGCCAACCUAAGCGUACGCGUCGAUGCUGAAAUGCUCGCCCUCAGUGGUAUCAAUGAACAGCUUGAGGAAAUUGUCGAUGUGCCGCGCGAUGUUCGCUAUCCCAUUGUGAACAACAUCUUUGGGCUGCCAGUGAAUAGACUCAGACGAGAAUGCAUAUUUAAGCUAGGCAAAGAAUACGAUCUGUUCAAGAAAGCGCGUUUGCCAAGUAAGCGAGUUGGUGAGCCGAGAAAACCUGCAGCAACUAGAGAGUUUAACAACUCCCCUACAGCGGAUUUAACAUCUAACGAUGAUAGUCCCUUAGAUUGGCCCUUGGAUCGAAUGGAAUUUGAUAAGGACCAGAACUUUAAAGGGUUCAGACGACCAACGUAUGACUCUGGUAUCGAUCACGAAGAGCUAAGACCAGAGUCAACUCAUAUUGCAUCGGAUGCAAAUAGUAUUGUUGAUGUGGAAACUGAAGAUCAGCCGGAUUUGACACCGCUAGAUGUUGAGCAGCUCACGGAAGAGAUUCAACAAGUCAGAGUAGCGCAAGAGCUUCUAGAAGAUGACAAACCACAGCCUGAGAUGUUAGAAGGAAUAAUAGCAUUAGACAAAACAGUGGAAGAAAAUAAGUCGAUUGAUGUUUUGCCAGAAAUCGGAGAGAACAAGACAAUAGUUCUUUUAGAGGAUAAUGAAUGCGACAUGUCAGCAACAGCCAUGGAUAUUGACGAAUGCGAACCAGGCAUGGAUACAUUAGAUGAGGAUCUAAGCGAUGAAAGCAUAGACCUUAACAAAGAAUCAACCAGCAUAGAUGCGUUUUCCGAAGCUAAGAUUAACGACUGGCAUCGGCGAAUAGCGCCCACAUUGGAAGCGGCGCAUGAACGACAAAACUUUAGUAUUCAGGAUGUGGGCGAUGAGGUUAUCAGAAAAUGUCAGGAGCAGGAUGGAGAAGCUACACUGGCCGAUGUGAUGGCCGAUAAAGAUGACACGGAACUAUGUCGCUAUUUGCUAUCAUCACUAUUACUAACAAACCAGGGAAAUGUCGCGCUCAAAAUUGACAAGCGGGACAAAAAUGAGCCAAUUGACGCAAAGGAUUUUAAAAUGCUAUUGCUUAGUACUGAGAGGAGACAACUCAAUCCAGAGGAUGAUAUUGGAAACGUGCGCAGCAGUAAUGCAAAGACUACACCGACGGUGACAGCAACAACAUCUUCUCCAAUCGUUAAAUCGAAGCGAGGCCGAUGCAAUGACGACGGGCAAAACGUAAAUGUAAAGACAGUGCGACUUAUAAAACCUAUACCCAAGGCGCACAUGCGUCCAGAAGAUGCUGACUCUGGCAUAUCAUCUUUGCCAACAUCAGCAUCAUAUACCAAUGACACGUAGCAUGAACUGUACCAUUAGAAUGUGCUGCAGAUCAUGUGUGUGUGAGUGUGUGUAAAAUGUGUGCCUCAACGUUUUGUUCAAUGUGUAGUUGUGUUUCGACUUAAGUGACGUUCGUAGAACAAUGUAUAUCAGUUUUUAAGGAUUCUCGUCCAGUAUAGUAGCAAUAGCCAUAUCUGGUGAAGCAGUUAGAUUUUGUAAAAUCCAUUUUAAGUUUGCUAAUCUCAUGAAUUAUUCAUUACAGCCACACUUUUUACAGACUUACGUCAAAAUUAAGCGACUUCGUUGGCCGCUCCAUUGACAAAAGCAACAAUGCUAUACAACCCCAUCAAAAAAAAAAAAACAAUUAAUUUUCCUUAUUU